UACGGCAUUUAUUAGUCAUAUUAUUACUGGGUUAUCUAAUCUCCCUCCUCAACAACGCAAGUCUCGUAAUCGAGCAAUUUCCAAAAUUGCCAAAUGGAGAAGGCAAGAACAGAACCAAGAAUUGGGCCCACCCAGUAGAUCCAGUGGUAAACAGGGAAGGAUCUGGAAGCAAUACAUGGGCCAAACGUUCUGGCUGGGUUCAGGCCGGCACCAGUGUAGUAGACACAAAUUAAGUGACCCAGGAAAAGCGAUAGACCAAUGCACACUGGAGCGUAAUCUGAAAGGUUCGAUUGCUCCACAGCGGUCAUCAGAACAGUGAUGCACAGCAAAGUGGUACCGAACAUCUCAAUGAAAAGACCUCUACUCUUGGAGCAUCCUCCGCCAAGACCGUUAGCAAAAGCCACUGGGCCGGGAGUCAUAGCAGAGGCUGCACCAGCAGCGGCCAUACCAGCCACCAUCUGGGACAACAUCAUGAUAAUACCACGAACCGGCGAAAUGGCUCUUGCAAGCACCAGGGACAGGGUGACUGCAGGGUUGAGGUUACCACCAGAAACUCUACAGGUGAGGAAAAUGGCAACCAUGACACCAAAACCGAAACCGAAGGAGAUCAUGAUGAGCUUGGCAGGAUUGGAACCCUCGGAGGAGUAGAACUCGUCCUGGUUGGCAAUCUGGGCAAUCAUGUAUGCGACCCAUAGGAAGAUGAAGGUACCGAUAAAUUCACCAGAGGCAGCCACCAAGUGAUUUUUCAUGGUGAUGGAGAGACCAAAUUUGGAGGUCUUGAGAGCUGGGGAGUAGCCCAAUUGUUGUUCAGCGUCCAUUUGGUAUUCGUUAAUGAUGUAUGCCUUGGUCCCCGAGAAUCUGUGUCCUAUUUAUACAAUGAAAUUGACACUUUCUUUCCCAGAGGGUGGAGUCUGCAGACGCUGAUCGAUGUAUAAGAUUCUUAUUGUUCAAAUGAAGAGACAAAAGAAACGGAGGACAAUCAUGGAUAGAAUAGGAAAGAAGUGCGUGUGUUUACAUAUUGCUGCCUGGGGAAAAUUUAGGCACUUUUUGGCCUCUUCGGGCCUGUUAGCCCACGUUUUAGGAAAAAGGCCACUUCUCUACAGAGAGCUUCUACAACCUUAUUGUGCCUUUUUUUCUCUUCGUGUUGUUUAACACUCACAAGUUUAUUGUUAGAUUUUGAUUUGACAGACAGCAACAGUCUUGAGAAACUGCUGGUAGUUUCAGGUUUGCUUAAAGUGGCCAUGAUAUUUUGGUCUGCUGAUCAUCUUGUUCGGCUGCCAGCAUUAAUGAGACGUUGUCGAUGCGACGCUCACCCCUGUGAAAGUAUUGCCUCUAGCUCCUGCUGUCUCAUGCAGCCUAGCCUUUUGUGUUCUGCGAGGAACCAGUGCCGACAGCCCAGAAUUUCAAGUUAUUGUUUAUUGUUUGGCACCUGGCUGUAGCAAAUAUUCUUAUUUUUCUUCGACCCGAAAACAAUUCACACACACAAAGCAGUCUACAAUUGAUAUUUAUAUGCUGCGGCAGCGAAGUUUUCACACAUGAACAUCUAUAUAGGCGUAUUUCUGUUUCAAACCGUUGUAUUAUAAGGCUUUAUUCUUUACUUGUGGACGCCGUCUUAAGCCAUGAUACCCAUACGCUAACCAUAGAUCCGAUCCAGAGUUUCAUCUCUUACGGGGCCAACACAGAGCUCAAAGCAUGUUCCCAUUGUGAGUGAAAUGAAAGCGAGGCGAAAGUCCGCUCUGAUAUCCUUGGAAUCAAGACUUCCUCGGCCUCUCCAAGCGGUUCUUACCUUCGAAAGGCCUUCAAAACACCCGUGGUACGUUUUACUUACAGCGCUCCAGCCAAUUACAAGUGGGACAUAUUAGUCCUCUUUUCUCAACGGUAAUCCAUGAAUUUUGGUCAUGAGAAAAAACCCCGCUGACCACCACCGGACACCCAGAGUGACCACUACGGAUCGACGGUCUAGUAGGACGGGGUGUCGAGCGGGGAAGGCAAACUCAGGGUGUCUGCGGGUCAAUGGGGAUUUAAAAUGGACUAAAACUAGCAGGAAUUUACGGAGUACGAAACGUUGAUGGGGUGAGGGUGACUGUGGACCGAUACCGGAGGGCUCCAUGAUUUGCUAGUAUUCUGACCCCAUAAAAAAUUAAUUUUCUCACACGACCUCGACAAGUUCUAGUAUAAGAAUUGUGUUUGUCGGCAGUAUUUUUUCGAAAUAUCCUAAAUAAUGCAGGCACAACUAGCGGCAGUGGGUAGACGCCUCGGACAAAGACGUCUGUUUGGACACUCCCCAAAGAUUCUACAGACGAUCAAGCCAGCCGAGCCGGUCCAGCCUAUUUCGACUCCGAAGCGCAAAAAGGCCGGAUUUUUCACCUACACUUUUUAUGGGCUUAUCGCUGCCGCUUUGGCGGAAACUGCUUACCUGACCUACUCUGUUUAUAAGGAGACCAACCCAGGUUUACAGAAGCCACAGUCUCUCUUGAAAGAAAACGGAAACAAGAAGAAGAACGUUGUUAUUCUGGGUUCCGGCUGGGGAGCAAUCUCAUUCUUGCAUAAGUUGGACACCACACAGUAUAACGUGACGAUUGUUUCUCCACGUAACUAUUUCCUGUUUACUCCACUUCUGCCGUCUGUUCCAACCUCCACUGUUGGAUCCAAUUCGAUUUGCGACCCUGUUCGGACUAUUGCCCGUCAAACUCCGGGCGAGGUGAUUUAUUAUGAAGCUGCUGCAACCGACGUGGAUCCUGUGAACCAGACUGUCAAGAUUGUUCACAAAAACAUGAACUUCGCACACGGAGAAGCGUUUGUGAACAAAGAUGAUCCGAUCGAGAAGACGCUGAAUUAUGACUAUUUGAUCUACGCUGUUGGAGCAAAAGUCAAUACGUUUGGCAUUCCCGGUAUUCCAGAGUACGCAUCGUUCUUGAAAGAGGCCCAGGACGCCACUGCGGUGAGACAGAAACUUUUCAACGCCAUUGAGGCAUCCAGACUGUUGCCAGAAGACUCAGAGGACCGCAAGCGUCUCCUGACGUUUGUUGUUUGUGGUGGAGGCCCAACCGGUGUUGAGUUGGCUGCUGAGGUGAAAGACUACAUCGACCAGGACCUGCUCAAGUUCAUUCCAGGAAUCGACAAGGAAAUGAAGGUGGUCUUGGUGGAGGCUUUGCCUAACAUUUUGAACAUGUUCCAUCCUAAGCUGAUUGAGUACACGAAGGAGGUUUUCAAGACCCAACAUGUUGAUUUGAGAACCAAUACCAUGGUGAAAAAAGUGGAUGCUAAGAACGUUUACGCUUCUGCCAAAAAGCCAGACGGCACCACUGAAGAGGUGGUGAUUCCGUACGGUACACUUGUGUGGGCCGGUGGUAAUGCCCAAAGAGAGUUGACCCGUUCGCUUGCUGAUAAAAUCACCGAGCAGAAGACGGCCAGAAGAGGUCUUCUUGUCGAUGAGUACAUGAAGCUUGACGGAGACGACCACAUCUAUGCUUUGGGAGACUGCACUUUUACUGCCAAUGCCCCAACUGCCCAGGUUGCUCACCAGCAGGGAGAGUUUUUAGCUGAUCACUUCAACAAGCUGGCUAAGAUCGACGACCUCGAGUAUGUCAUAUCUUUGGAAAAAGACCAGGCUUCCAAAGAAAAACACUUGAAGCGUCUUGAGAGAUACAAAAACAGUCUCAAACCGUUCUCCUACAGACACCAGGGUGCUCUGGCAUACGUUGGUUCUGAGAGAGCCGUGGCCGACCUUACAUGGGGCUCGUGGUCCACUGUUGCUCUUGGAGGAAGCCUCACGUUCUUCUUCUGGAGAACGGCAUACGUUUCCAUGAUAUUAGGAGUCAGAAGCAAGCUUCUUGUGAUCAGCGACUGGAUCAAGGUGUCACUGUUCGGUCGGGACUGCUCCAAAGACUAAAUUCGUUAGAGUAAUAUUCCAAAUGACUAGCGGUACUAAUUAAUGUUGGCACACUUGCGCGGUUCCAGCUCGCCCGUUUCGGGCACCACCAUCGUUUCCCAGUCUAGCGGGUAGAGUAGCUUGCCCGAUUUCGAACGCGCGUGUAUCACUCCUAAAUCGUUCCUUGCUGUGGACAGGUAGUAAUUAAUUCCAUCUCCCAGAGAAAUCACCAGAGCCUUGACGAUAUCUCCUGGUCUAAAACAUUCUCCCACUUUCACCUUGUCUCGAUCUGUGGAACGGAUGUCUGUGGAGCGAAUCACGGCUUUGAAAUUCUCGCCGUAAUCGUUCAGUAAUAAAUUAGAUAGAUGAAUGCUUGCGUCUUGAACGUGAAGGAUAUCGAGGUGGACUUUGUUGGACGAAAUCUUUGUAACUUUGGCGAUGACCACGUCGUUUUCGGAAGGCGUGAAAUUGGCGAUUUUAGCUCCACUCGAUUGCACUGAAACGGUGGACGUGUUAUCGUUGGUGGUAAAGUGCACAGACCCCAAGGUGGUAGCGACAAUGCACGGAACAACCGUUCCAUCAACUGUUUUCUCUAUCUGUAGCGUGUUGGGGCCUGACACAUACGUGUGGUUGCUCGUAUGGACGGGGACAAUUGGCUGUCCUGGCAAUACCAAGGCGUUCAUACGGAUUCCUGAUAAG